AUGGCCAAGGCAAAACGGGUCCCUCCUGACCCAGACUCCGACGCCCCCGACGAGGAUGAAGACAUUGAAGCCAAGAUAGCCGCGCUGGAGAAGCGGCUGCAAGACCGGAAGGGCGGUCGCAACACCGCGAAGGAUUCCAAGAAACGCAACAUGAAAGGUAAGGAUAAGGGUAAGCAGAAGGCGACGGAGGACGACGAAGAGGACGCACCGCCGCCGGCAAAGACAAGGAAAUCCAAGCCCGCGUCAGAACCUGAGGUGGACGUCGAGGAGGCACUGGAGGUAGGUCCUCCCCUCUGCAUCUCUGCGGAGGCUGGCGGGAAUGCUGAACGAACGCGACACACGCAGGAGGACGACACUAUGCAGGUCGACGAGGAAGACGCAGACAUGCUCGAGGUCGGCGUGGAUGAGGAAGACGCUGUCGCGGACGGGGUGGCCGAGGACGUUGUUGAGGACGCUGAGGAAGCUGAGGACGAGGACGCCGCAGACGAGGCCUCCGCAGACGAGGCCGCCGCAGACGAGGCCGAUGACGAUGUCGCGGAUGGUGCGGACGAAGACAUCGUCUCCCUCCCGGGCGACAAUGAUGCGGUAGAGAUACCGAGCGCCCCCCUGACCGACGCUGAGACGGGCGACGGCGAGACGGAGGUCGACGUCGACAUGAGCGAGUUCAAUGACGACGCCAUCGACCUGCUCACCAGAGCGCUCACACAUCGCACGAGCAAGGAGGACCGCGUCGACCAGAAGCUGCUCGACCCCAACUACAUCAUUCCGGAGGAUAUCGCAUUCGAGGACCUUGAGGAGCAGUUCGCGCUCGACACGGACAUCCUGCAGCAGGGCACCAUCGACCAGACGGAGCUCGACAUGUACCAGAAACUGAAGAUGGCGCUCAUGGGGCUCAUCAUCCUGGACUUCAGCGAUCCAGAAGUCAUGAAGGUGUGCCUGUGGAACCUCUACAACGGCCGCGACAUCAGCGAUGCCGAUGCGCGCGUGAUCGCGGAGGACUUCUGUAAGUCCUCGAAGCGCCACUAUGAGCACCCAAUGGAGGCGAUCGGCGAGGAGUACAUGUUUCUAGGCCGUAAGCCCGUGAAGGAGUUCGACACCGUUGACCAGCUUCCUAUCGCCAAGCUCGACGUGGAGGCGAUGGGCAAGAACAAGCUCAUCUUCUGCAGCGGCGCGCACCGGGUCAGGGCGAUGCAGUACUACGUGGAGUACCUCACGCGGACGCAGACAAAGCUCGAGCUGAUCAUCGACAAGCUCAACUCCAUCCUGGUGUCGACUCCGAACAGCCCGAACCGCAUCAAGCUCCUGGAGACGUCGCACGAACGCCUCCAGGUGGUCCAGACCCGCCUAAAGACGGGCAUGCAAUGGACGGUGCGAGUGUCAUACGCAUCGCAGCUCAACGAUGCGGAACGGCGCGCGUUGUCCAAGAACAAGGACACGCACGAGGUGCCGAUGAAGCAGCACGAGCGGAUGUUCGGCUGGCGCGAGGACAUGCGCGAGACGAUCCUCAACUGGCCCCUCACGCACCCUCCGCCUGAACCAGGACCUCCGCGUGUCGGCACACCGGAGUGGAAAUUGCUGUUCGAGACGGUCACAGCGCACGACAAGCACAAGAUGAAGGAGCGCAUGUGGGUGCUAGAGCAGACGAUCCCCUACGGCUUCUACAAUGAUUUCAUGACCUACCCAUACUUCCGCCUCGGCGACACACUUCACUACGACACGAUCCACCUGGCGCUCAUGCCUCCGAGCAACGCGAACUCCGCCGUGCGCCCGGCCGGGUAUAUGUGGAGCCAGGUCCUCCUCCGUCUGCUCGAGCAGAUGCACUUCGUCGCUACGGCGAGGCCGUUCGACCCCGCAGAGCCUGUAUUCCAGAAGUACUACGCAUUCGUCAAGAAGCGGGGCCCUUUCCGGCCGUACAAGGCGAACGCGACUACCCUGGCGUACGACCGUUACCUGAAGGGGGCCACCAAGCCGCCGUCUCCGUACGUGUGGACGACGGAUCUCUUGCACGGCGUCGACAAGCUGUACGUGGAGAUCGUCUCUCCUGUGAUGGAGGAUCUCGGCCGCGACGACCGCCCGUCCUGGUCCAACGCGAUGGCGCAGUACUUUGAGGCCUUACGCAAGCUGUGCCGAGAGACGUGGUCGCUGACGGCCGCAACGAGCCCCGACCCGGACGAGGUCGCUUUGACCACGGACGCGUUCCCGAAGCUUGAAUGGAUUAUCAAGUUGGCCGCAGCGGGCGAGGGGUACUAUCUCCCUCUCCCGACGAAGACGUUCACGAAGACGUUGCUCAGCAAGCUCAACAACGCGUCGACCGCGAUUCAAUGGCUCACUUGUCUGCUCGACCCGUAUGCGGACGCCGCCCUUCGCCAGCCGACGCGCGGAUACACGGACUACACUCACUACCUCCUCUUUCUGUUGCGCGACCCAGACAGGUUCCACGAUUCCGCCCAGAUACCGCACGCACUCUGGCACUGGAUUCUCCGGCACCUGACAGCGAUCAAGUGUGCGGACACUGUCUUCAGCGCGACGGAGCUCGUCCACUUCUCCGUACUCAGGCAGUGGUCGAUGGAGCAGUGGGUCCGCGCGGGCAAGAUCCUUACCGAGGGGUCAACCAAGAAGGUCAAGGCGGGCGCGGCCAUUCCCGAGACAAAGAUCAUGCCGAAGGCAGCGGAGAAGAUCAAGCCCAUCCGCGUCUUCCUCACUCAGAAAUGGAUCGAACUGCAACAGCCCCGCAUCGCCGCUCUCAAGUCCGUCCUCGUCCCGCGCGUAACCACUGCGGGGAAGGACGCCGAUAAGGAGGUCGUCGCGGCGAAGUUCGCCCUCGCCGACAAGUCCAUGUCAUUCCGUCUCUACGGAGUCACGUACGAUGAUGAGCCCGUCCCACCGUUCAACCACACCCCCUUCACGAAGGAAGAGCUGGCCAAGUUCCCCGAGCUCCACGGAAUGCAGCUUGUCGAUCCCCGCUGGCAUUUCAACAAGGACAUUGCGAAGUCUCGCCCCGGCAAGUGCGCCGGCCUCGCCACCGCUAUGAUCGUCUUGUUUGAAGGUCACAAGAAACAGCGCGCGGAGUACUACAGCGGGGAGACCGGGGGCGGCUCCGUCCUCGCCCUCCGCGCGCUCUUCUUCAACUUCCUCGACCCCUGGUCCGGCGCCAAGAUGGGCAGCCUCGAGAGCGGGACGUUCAAGCCCUGGGACGGUACCAUCCAGAAGCUCCUCUCCUCGCCGACGGACGUCAAGCUCGACGACGCCGCCCUCGUAAGGGCAAUCGCCAGACUCGAACGAUCGAACGGCGGCCCCCCGGUGCACGUCAACGCACGCCACGAGAGUGUCGCGCCCGGACCCUCCUCUCCAGACAAGCGAGAACCCACCGACGCCGCUGCAGACGGUGUCGAGGACAACGAUGACGACGUCAUGGACCUCACCGGCUAUCAAGAUGCCCUCGGUGCUCGUGGACGCUUCGAGCGGCUCCAGAAAGACAUCGAUAUCUACCUUCGGUGCAUCCGCAAGCUCGUCUCCGGUGCCGCCGAGUUGAAUCCUACCAACAAGGGCGGCUUCGAGCUCGACGCGUGCGUCGCAGACAUUUUCAUGCACGGCGUCAAGGCGUUGAUGUGGAACUACCAACGCAAGGAGUUUCGCCACUAUAAUCCACACGAUCCGUGGGUCCUUUCACCCGACUUUGCGGCCGCGAGCCUCUUCCCGGUCGACACCGUUCCGAACAUCGAGGAUCCGUUUGCGUUCAUGCACGUCGACCACUUCAAGUCAGCGAUGCCCCAUGCGUACAACUCCAUGCAAGACGUGUUGACCACACCUGCAAACACAGGGAGGGCUCCGCCGCCGCUCGACAUGCGGAUGGGCGCCAGCAUGAUUCUCGUCCCCACUGACGUCUUCACUCCUCAACAUUUCAGAUGGAUCACCCCUGACGACGUGAACCCGCUUGCCAAGUGGGCCAUCGAAUCCGACGAUGUGCCAGAACACGUGCACCAGGACGUGCAGGAGGAGGACGAGGACGUGCAGGAGGAGAACGACGACGACGGAGACGACGACGAAGAGACCAGGCCGAUCGCACCUCCCGCGGAGAAGCCGAAGCCGAAGCCCAGGCCGAAGGCCAAGGUCAAGACAUCUGUCGCUCCAGACGAGCCCGCCACUCGUAAGAACACAACGCCGGCGGCUGCCUCAGAGGCCGACGCGGCUCCGGUUGCCCCCGCCAAAUCGUCCAAGCAGCACAAGCCGAAAGCAGCUCCGCCACCGCCUGGAGACGUCGCGUCUGAGGAGCCGGCAAAGACGUCCAGCGUCGCGCCCCCGACACGCAAGAGGGCACCGCCUACAGUUGCCGCGGACAAGCCACCGACAAAGCCCCUGCCCGCACCCGCUGCGGCGGAGAGCGACAAGAAGCCGGCAAAGAAGCCGCUAGGUAUGGCGGCGGCAAUGAAACGGGUAACUGCCUCGAAGAACGCCGCCGCCGCGAAAAAGGCGGUCGCACCGCCGCCGGCCGAGUCAGAGGAGGACGACCAGGUCGCACCCGCUCUGCCCAAGAAGUCGGCCCCCGUGACGAAGAAGAAGCUGCCUCCGCCCGCUGAGGAGCAAUCAGACGCGGAUGAGGAGGUGGACGCGGACGCGGAAGAGCCGGAGGAGGUGGGCGCGGAAGAGCCAGAGGACGAACAUGUGGAUGUGGAUGUGGCAAAGCCGGAGGCCGAGAAGACUGCGCUGACGACGAAUGUGACCGCGUCCGAGCCUGAAGAGCCUGAAGACUCGUCACAUUCGCACUCAGACUCGGGAGAGGCCUCACCGACUACGCAGCGACAAAUGCUGGAGUUGUUGAAACUCAAGAAGCGGCGGCUGGACAAGGACAAGGUACAGGCAAGAGCGGCGAAGCAGCGUGCCCGGGAUGAGCCUGAGGACGUUCAUAUGGAGGAUGUUGCUGUGCCCGCAGCGUCGUCUUCCAAGGCCGCAGCGUCGUCUUCCAAGGCCAACGCGCGUAAACCCAUGGUACAAACAACGAUGCCAUUCGGACACGUCGAACUGCUCAAAAACUCGUGGCUCCCGGAGAGCAUCAGCACGAUUCAACUCGAGAAUGACUUUAGCAGCAGCAUCAACAUCGUCGACGACCCCCCCACUGCAGGUGGCGAUGGCUCCAAGACUCCGCCCGCAGGCAAGCGUCCGCGUGCUGAGACCCUCUCUCCACAGAAGAGCCCGGGCGCGCGCCCACCUAAGAAGGCUCCGCGCACCGCCGCCAAGGCGAGUGCGAGCGGACGGUCGUCUCCCACCGCCGGGCCAUCGACGCGCUCCAGGUCCAAGGCCAGCGCAAAGGCCAAGGAGCCCGAAACCGCCGCCGCCGCCGCGUCGCAGCCGGGUGCCAAGACGGGCAAGGGCAAGGGAAAGGGAAAGAAGACGAAGAACGCGAUCACCCCUGCGUGA